GGUUUGCAGGCCGAGGCUGCAGCUACGGCUGCUCAGUAACUGCCCCAAUCCACUACUACCCCAGGUGCCACGGGACUCACGGAACGACAGGGCCCUGCUGAGCCCAGGAGCUGCACGGAAUGGUGGCAGUCAUCUUGCCAGUGCAGCGGGCAUGGACCAGACUGGAAGCUAGGGGAGCAAGACAUCAGUCAAGAGGGAACACACAGCUAGGCUUGAGGCCUCUUCAUCGGGAUGUCCCCAGGCCUCCCAGCUCAUCCCCAGCAUAAAGGCCGUGUGUGGGGGCCUCCCUGACCCAAGGGGGAGCUUCAUGCGCCACGUGCAGACGGAGCCGUCUUCAUCCUCAGAGCCAGAGGCUGGCCCUUCACAGCCUCCAGCCAGGCAGGGGGCCCUCCAGGGUGGCCUGCUCAUGGGCUACAGCCCAGCAGGGGGGGCGACAUCCCCCGGGGUCUACCAGGUAUCCAUCUUUUCCCCUCCGACUGGUGUCUCUGAGCCUCAUAGGGCCCUGAAGCGGUCAGCCCCUCCCAGUGAGGGUCCCCGGGAGCUGAAGAGAGGCCCUGGGCUGGGGACCAGAGAGGGACUACCUCCUGAAGAACCAUCUACUGUGGGGCUGUUAGGCUCCGAGGGACUGGGGCUGGGACUGGGCGUGGCCAUCCAGCAUUUCUCCCAUCGAGGCCUCUGUGUUGUGGAACAGGGAGGUAGCUCCACCUCACCUUGGACUUCAGGGGCCCAGAGCCUCCCUUGGCCCCCAUCAAAUGCUUCCUGCAAUACUUUGCACACCAGAGACUGGGCUUGCCCAGAUCCAGGGGGACAGGGGUACCUGGGGGAGCCCUCGGGGCCAGCUCCAGGCCACCUGCAUACACUUGACACUGAUUUGCACAGUCUUGCACAAAUAAGGGAUAAAAGCCCAGUGGCUGGGGUGGACAAUGGGAGCAGCCCCUGGCCCAGGGAGUCCCCUGGCACUGCCAAUGGGCACAGUCCCGAGCACACACCCCCUGGCCCCGGACCUCCAGGCCCCUGCCCCACCAAGCGAAGGCUGCUUCCUUCUGGAGAAGCCCUAGAUGUCAACUCUGAAGAUGAGGGGCCAGCCCCUCGGAGACGCCGGGGAACCCUGGGCCACCUUCCUGCUGCCAACAGUUCUGAUGCCAAAGCCACAUCCUUCUGGAGCCAUCUGCUGCCUGGGCCCAAGGACCCUGUGCUGGACCCAACAGACUGCAGUCCUGUAGGGCGAAGGCUUAAAGGUGCCCGUCGCCUGAAGCUGAGCUCCCUUCGAAGCCUCCGGAAGGGGCCAGGCCUGCUGAGCCCACCCAGUGCCUCCCCUAUUCUUAUCCCCACUGUCAGCCGUACUCUGCUGGGAAACUUUGAGGAAUCAUUGCUUCGAGGACGCUUUGCACCAUCUGGCCACAUUGAGGGCUUCACAGCAGAGAUUGGAGCUAGUGGGUCCUACUGUCCCCAGCAUGUCACGCUGCCUGUCACUGUCACCUUCUUUGAUGUGUCUGAGCAAAAUGCCCCGGCCCCCUUCCUGGGCGUCGUGGACCUGAACCCCCUGGGGAGGAAGGGUUACAGCGUGCCCAAGAUGGGCACCAUCCAAGUGACCUUAUUUAACCCCAACCAGACUGUGGUGAAGAUGUUCCUUGUGACCUUUGACUUCUCUGACAUGCCUGCUGCCCACAUGACCUUCCUGCGCCAUCGCCUCUUUUUGGUGCCUGUGGGUGAGGAGGGAAGUGCUAGCCCCACCCGCCGCCUCCUCUGCUACUUGCUGCACCUCAGGUUCCGGAGCUCCCGCUCAGGUCGCUUAAGCCUGCAUGGAGACAUCCGUCUGCUUUUUUCCCGCCGGAGCCUGGAGCUGGACACAGGGCUACCCUAUGAACUGCAGGCCGUGACGGAGGCCCCUCACAAUCCACGUUAUUCACCUUUGCUCUGAUUGCCAUGUGGGCUAAGGACUUGCCCAUCGUAUUCCAUCCUAGACAGAAAAAACACGUGGAAAGGUGGCAAGACACCCUUCAGGCUUGAAUUAAAGCUCUCGCCAUGCCCAAAUUGAUUAUUUGGGUAUUUAAGCUUCUGAUCCCUAGCACACCCUGCCGUACUCGGGGUACUCCUCAUGCCUGUCCCCUCCCUUGGGUUUCCCAAACCAGCUUAGGUAGUGGGGAGGAACCAGAGCUAUCCUGAGAUUUUCCCAUGUUCCCAGGCAAGUCAAGCCAGCGUUGCCUCCCUGUCCUGAGCAGGGACCACUUAGUACUUUAUUUAUUUUUAUUUAUAAUUUAUUCAAAUUGGAUUGCCUUGGUGACUCCCAAACCUGAUCAUUGGUAUUGCCCCUGCUCCUUUCCCAUGCCCGUACAUUUCUCCACCCUCAGGAGCUGAUGAGGCUGAUGUGGAGUGGAGGAGAACUGCUCUCCUUCUGCUGAGGGCAGAGGGGUUAUCCCAGAGGGACUGAGUUACUAGCCAAAACCUCAGCAUCUUCUGUCCUUCCCUGUUCCCUUCACUUUUCUUACCCUCUGACCCACCUCUAAAAGCCAACUUACAUGUGUGCGUGUGUGAACAAGGUGUGUGUGUGUGUGAGUGAGUGUGAAAGAGAGAGUGUCCAUGCACAUGCGCACACAUGAGGGUUAAUCACUCCUCGCCUAGGGCUGCUCACUCCAGAUGUCUCUCUUGCCUGGGUCUCCUUGCUUUGGGGUCCUGACUGAGGAAGGUGUUCAGGGGCCAGAGUCAGGGCUAAGGAUGCCUUCUCUCACCUGGCCAGACUCUGACUCACCUACCUCAGCCGGAGUGAGGGAUUCCCCUCAAACUCAAUCAUGUGGUACCCCAUACCCCACACCAGACUCUGACCCCACCCAAGCACUGACUCCUAGGGCUGGAUUGAGGGGAACAGGCAUUUGCUGAAACUUGAAAAAUAACAGGAAAAAAAAAUGUACCUGGUACUUUUUUUAGAAGAAAAAAAAAAAGAAUAAACUCUUGUUUGGAAACUUGAA